AUGGCCCACGAUGUAUCACUUGGCCUAGCAAUUCCAGUAUUGGCUAGCAUUUACAAGGGGUUGAACGAUAUUUCUUCGCAGAUGAUCCAGGAAAUUGCGCAACUGUUCUUCCUUUCCAUUAUGUGUAUGGGUGGUUGGUUGGGUGAAUACUUUGACACCCACUUUACAUCAUCUUCAAAGAAGUCUACUACUAUCAUGGCAAGGUUCUCAGGAAGACUUUUGGUGAAAUUUUUUGAAGAUUCAACAGCUCGAGCUUUAUUUCGGACUUGUGAUAAAGUGGAAAUGAGUCGUCUGGCAAGAGUGUUUUCAGAGUGCAAACGAUUGUCUGAUGAAGAUUAUAUUUCCAAAGAAAAAUUUGCAUAUUUGAUAUGCCUUCGUUCAGGAUACAUUUCUCUACGACAGGAAAACUACCAAGUCAUCCAACCUUAUAACCCACACCAGUUCAAUAGACAGUUUUGCUAUGUACAACAUGUGCCAGGAAAAUUUAAAGAUGACGUCCGGAAUGAGACUGUCAGAGUAUUCACAUUGGAAGUCAUGCUUAAAUGUUAG